AUGUCUGCGCACUUGCUAGAGUACCUUGCGGUGAAAGUCUUCUCUGGGUUAGUUGACUGGUCUCUUUGCUGUGAAUGCUCCGAGGGCCGGGUCAAACACGAAUCUAGUUUCGUCGGCUUCAGUCUCAAACCCUGCCAGAAAUCUAGUCUACUAGAGACAAUCACACUCACAGUUGAACAAAUGACUUGCUCGAUGAGCACACACUGUACGGAACUUGCUGUAGUCUUCGACUCAAUGCUCGCUUCGUACAGUGGCAGCCUUACUCACAAGUUCGCUACCUGGCCUCAGGCCCGUGAAAUAGCAUACCCAAAGAUGGAACCCGGAGCGAUCGUGGCAAUUGCGGCGGAAAUAAACGAUACGUUGGAUUCCCCUGGAACCCAGUUUGAGCUCCAGUCGUGCAAUCUCUGCUCUAUGCAGCUGCCGCACGAAGAGACAAGCCCCUAUCAGGGCCGUAGUAAGGAGGCGUCUCUGGGCACGAACGCCCAAUCUUCUCUGCCGCCUACCGCCGCGCUGCAGGGUUUAUUCGAGGAGACCCAGGGUCCCGAGCCAAGGCGCAAAAUAGCCGGCGGCGAUCUCUUGCCUUAUAGUGCACUUCACCACGCGGACCCACCAGGGCUCCGGGCCUGCACUCAUGGCGACUUCAUCAAAGUUCUAUCCGAAAUCGACAACGCUCGAUUCUCGUUAGUGGUGUCUCGAGCAACAGUGCUAGCUCUUGCUGAUCCAUCACACGCUAUGCUAGAUGGUUCCAUAUUAAGGUGGCGUUCGUCUCUGGCGCCGGCUUCUUCACAGACGCCGCCAGAGGGCUCAUCGGACAUUGCAGAGCGACAGCUGACUGCUAUGGAGCAACUCGGCAUCAAGGUAGCCACGCCAGUCGGUAUCAUCAUUGGCCAGCUACUAUUCGGGUGGCUGGGCGAUCUUCUCGGCCGUAAGCGUAUCUACGGCGUGGAGCUUUUGUUGAUGAUAGUCGGUACCUUUGGUCAGACACUUGCAGCACCAGCAUACGGAAUUAGCGUCGUCGGCGUCCUGAUAGUCUGGCGGGUGUUUGGCUGGGGGCAAUUAGCGGUCAGAUGCUACAAACUGAACAUGCUGGACGAUACCUCCAAGCUGCUCAAGGACGUCGACCAGAUCUGGCGCAUCAUCAUUGGCCUUGGUUGUGUCCCCGGCGCUAUUGCGCUUUAUUUUCGGCUGACUAUCCCUGAAACUCCCCGCUUUACCAUGGAUAUUGAGCGCAAUGUACAAAAAGCCACACAGGACGUCGACGCGUUUCUCACGCCUGUAAACUAUACCGUCGACCCAGAGGUGGCCUUCCAGCGUCUCUCGGCGCGCACCGCAAGCAAACAGGACUUUCAGUCGUACUUCUCUAAAUGGGAGAAUCUCAAAGUCCUGCUUGGCACGUCCUACUCGUGGUUUGCGCUCGAUAUUGCGUUUUAUGGCCUCGGGUUGAACUCUUCCAUAAUUCUGGAUGCUAUCGGCUUCGGGUCUCCGCAAAAGGGUCUGACCGGCGCUGCUUCAAUAUAUGAGAACCUAACGAAUACCUCCCUCGGCAAUCUCAUACUAACCGUCGCCGGCUUCAUCCCUGGCUAUUGGCUUGCGUUUAUAUUUAUUGACCGAUGGGGCAGGAAGCCUAUUCAGCUGAUGGGAUUUGCCGUUCUCUUUGUUCUCCUUAUCGUCAUGGGGUCCGCAUACGAGAAGCUGAUUGCGACGACUCGUGGCCGGAACGUCUUUGUAUUCCUCUACUGCCUUGCGAACGUCUUCGAGAACUUUGGGCCCAAUACCACGACGUUCAUCGUCCCCGGAGAGGUCUUCCCUACGCGAUACCGGUCAACUGCACACGGUAUAUCAGCCGCGAGUGGGAAGAUUGGGGCUGUCGUUGCCCAGAUCGCCUUUCAGUGGAUGAAAGAUAUCGGGGGCAGCAACGCGUUCAUUGGCCACAUCCUCCAGAUUUUCAGUUUCUUUAUGCUCACCGGUCUUGCCUCAACGCUCCUGAUACCGGAGACGAGUCACAAGACGCUGGAGAGGCUCUCCAACGAGAGGCAAGAUGGCUUCUUCAGGCAUAAAGACAUUCACCGUCGGUUUAGCAUGCGGACGUUAGGAGACUCGUUUCCCAUGGGCACAAUACGUUUGGCACCUUUGAACAGCACCGUACAGGAGCCCGACACCGCUGUCGUGUCGGGCAAGGGGGUGCAUCGGACCCAAUCCAUCUCAUGGCCAGUCACAACCUCCUUGCUAUCAGAAAACACCAUUACCGCUUGA